GCCUCACCAGACAACACACUACUAGACGAGACAGCUCUUCGCCGGCCGCUCCUCAGUCCCCACGCUUACCUCGCCUCCACUCCGCACCCCGAACGCUUCUCGUGUCCUCCGUCUCCUCCGAUGGCGACGCUGCAGCUCAACCACAUCGCGCGCGAGACCUCCGACGUGGCCCGCCUCGCCGCCUUCUACGAGGCCGUGCUGGGGUUCGAGCGCGUCCCUUCGCCCACGUACUCGGGUUUCCAGGUAGCCUGGCUCCGCCUCCCGGGCACCCCCGGCGUCGCGCUCCACCUCAUCGAGCGGGACCCCGCCGCGGCCCCCGAGGCGGUGGGCCCAGGCGCCUCGGGCGCGCCGCCCGCGCAGCUUCCCCGGCGCCACCACCUCGCCUUCUCCGUCGCCGACUACGACGGGUUCGUCACGGGCCUCAAGGCGCGCGGAACUGAGGUGUUCGAGAAGACGCAGCCAGACGGGCGCACGCGCCAGGUCUUCUUCUUCGAUCCCGACGGCAAUGGCCUAGAAGUUACAAGCUCGAGCACACAGGAUAAAUAAAUCGAAGAGUAUGAUUUGCGUCCUACUUCUGCUUUAGCUUGCAAUGCCCUUGAGAUGGUGGGACACCGGAGACUGAAAACAAUGGAAAUCGCUGAAUCAAGCUUCCUUCCCAUAAAUAAAUAAAUACGAAGCUUAACAAAGCUCCCGAUACCUAAUUCCCUAUGUUGUAAUAUGGCUCUAUAUGCGACCCGGAUUGUACUUUGUGACAGAUGAAAUUUCAAUGCUUUGCUUCUUUCA